GUUUCGUGCCACUCGGAGGUGUGUGAGGCCGAGUCGCAGCGCCCCGCAGGGCAGCGCCACCAGCUGGUUCCCCUCCACGUUCAGGAUCCUCAGAGUCCUGCCCAGAAAACACAAAGAGCUCAGGAAACACCACCUGCAGCGAUGGACAGGUGAUUUUUCUUAUCAACGCUAUGUAUACAUCGAUACCUCAAAACAUGACUGAGGCUUCAUGCGACCGCCCCUCAGGACCUGAAAGCGGGCCGAGCAGGCUACGUACCACAGAGCAGCUGGCCGUGUGGGACCCUGCUGCUGACCUCCCACAGGUCCUGGGAGGUCAGGAGCUGGCGGGACACCUCGGUCUGACGGCUCCUGUGCAGAUCUUGCAGCAGCAGAUUCACCAUCUUGCGGUAGUUACAGCGGGACACAGCCGUUCUGCCCAGGCCCGGCAGGAACUGAGAGCCUCGUCCGACCUCGUGACGGGUCUGCAGGAAGUCACAGAGGCAGAAGCUGGGCGGCGGGGGGACGAAGCGAGGGUCUGCAGAGAUUUGAAUAGAUGCGUUGUCGCCCUGCUUUUGGUGCGGCGACGACUGACUGCACUGCCUGUCACUCAGUGAGCGAGCGAGCAGCACAGACACACACACACACUCGCCUGUGGAGGAGAGAGAGAGAGAGAGACAAGAGCCUCGCACGCCCAGUGAUCACCAGCCUCCUCGCCUCACCUCACCUCUCAGGUCCCACCGCUGACUCAGGCUCCCAACAUGGCCGCCACCACCCCGAUCUCCCCGGAGGAGCUGGAGGAGCUCAGAGAGGCUUUUGCCAAGAUCGACGUCGACAACAGCGGCUCCAUCAGCAAGGACGAGCUGAACGAGCUGUUCAGGGCCGCCAACCUGCCGCUGCCCGGGUACAGGAUCCGAGAGAUCAUCCAGGAGCUGACCAAGACCAGCGACCAGCUCAGCUUCGACGAGUUCGCCAACAUCGUCCACGGGCUGAAGAGCUCCGAGGUGGCCAAGACCUUCAGGAAGGCCAUCAACAAGAAGGAGGGGCUGUGCGCUGUGGCCGGGACGUCCGAGCAGGCCGGCACCCAGCACUCCUACUCCGAGGAGGAGAAGGUGGCCUUUGUGAACUGGGUGAACAAAGCCCUGGAGAACGAUGCCGACUGUAAACACGUCCUGCCCAUGGACCCCAACACCAACGACCUGUUCACCGCCGUCGGCGACGGAAUCGUCCUCUGUAAAAUGAUCAACCUGUCUGUGCCCGACACCAUCGAUGAGAGGACCAUCAACAAGAAGAAGCUCACGCCGUUCACCAUCCAGGAGAACCUGAACUUGGCUCUGAACUCGUCGUCGGCCAUCGGCUGCCACGUGGUCAACAUCGGGGCUGAGGACCUGAAGGAGGGCAGGCAGCACCUGGUGCUGGGCCUCCUGUGGCAGAUCAUCAAGAUCGGCCUGUUCGCCGACAUCGAGCUCAGCAAGAACGAAGCGCUGGUGGCUCUGCUGCGGGACGGCGAGAGCCUGGAGGACCUGAUGAAGCUCUCCCCAGAGGAGCUGCUGCUGCGCUGGGCCAACUACCACCUGGAGGAGGCCGGCUGCCCCAAGAUCAACAACUUCAGCUCCGACAUCAAGGACUCCAAGGCCUACUACAACCUGUUGGACCAGGUGGCACCCAAAGGUGACGAGGAGGGAGUUCCGCCCAUCGCCAUCGACAUGUCAGGACUCAGGGAGAAAGAGGACCUGAAGCGAGCCGAGUGCAUGCUGGAGCAGGCCGACCGGCUCGGCUGCAGGCAGUUCGUCACGGCGACAGACGUCGUCCGCGGCAACCCCAAACUCAACCUGGCCUACGUCGCCAACCUGUUCAACAAAUACCCGGCGCUGAAGAAACCAGAGAACCAGGACAUCGACUGGAGCUCCAUCGAAGGUGAGACCAGGGAGGAGCGCACCUUCAGGAACUGGAUGAACUCGCUGGGCGUCAACCCUCGCGUCAACCACCUCUACGCGGACCUCGAUGACGCCCUGGUGAUCUUCCAGCUGUACGAGAAGAUCAAGGUGCCCGUGGACUGGGACAGAGUCAACAAGCCUCCCUACUCCAAACUGGGCAGCAACAUGAAGAAGCUGGAGAACUGUAACUACGCCGUGGAGCUGGGAAAGAAGGAGGCCAAGUUCUCUCUGGUCGGCAUCGCAGGUCAAGACCUCAACGAGGGGAAUCGAACCCUCACCCUGGCCCUGCUGUGGCAGCUCAUGAGGAGGUACACCCUGAACAUCCUGGAGGACCUGGGCGACGGGCAGAAGGUCAUCGACGACACCAUCGUGUCCUGGGUCAACGGGACGCUCACAAACGCCGACAAGGGCACCAUCAGCGGCUUCAAGGACGGGUCCAUCAGCACCAGUAUGCCGGUUCUGGACCUGAUUGAUGCCAUCCAGCCCGGAUCGAUCCGCUACGACCUGCUGAAGGCAGAGGACCUGACUGAGGAGGAGAAACUCAACAACGCAAAGUAUGCCAUCUCCAUGGCGAGGAAGAUUGGCGCCCGUGUGUACGCGCUGCCCGAGGACCUGGUGGAGGUCAAACCCAAGAUGGUGAUGACGGUGUUCGCCUGCCUCAUGGCCCGCGGCAUGAGGAGAGCCUAGAGACCCGGAGCGCCUCGCACCGCCAGCGUCCUGCGCCAACCACGCAGCAACACCCUCCCCCCCAAAAAAAACAACAAAAAAAAAACCCAACAAGAAACCUGUGUAUUUAGUUUGACUUGUUUUGCUAAAUAUUUUAUGCACAUAAGGGAGAAUUUAAACUCUUCAUGACAGUUAAAUGCACAGCAAAUUGGAUGCAUAAGGUUUGGAACAGGACGCUGAUGGUGCUUUGGUUUGUUUCUGAAUGUUGGCGACACUGUUAAGAAGAUAUGAAGGAGACACAGAGGAAAUGUUCCACGUCACAUAUAGAAAAGUUGAGGGGUUAAACUGAACGGGCUCAACAAGCAGCUUGUAGUUUCAGUUUUACAGGCAUUUCUCGGAGCCAGAGCGCC